AUGGUCGUGGCUGGGUCGCGUGAAUACAUAAGGUGGCAAAGGUGUUAGUCGUCAGCUCGGGGUGGAAUCUCGGGACAAUUGCAUCGCAUUUCACCAUGUCUCUGUACCGCAUUGGAGUAGACGUCGGCGGGACCAACACAGAUGCCGCGAUUCUCGACAUCAAGGCCUUCGACAGCCCUGGCCGUGGCGUGCUCGCGUCCCAUAAAGCCCCAACUACGCAGGACAUAACCAGCGGCAUAGAGUUCGCCAUCCGUGCGGUCCUGGACGACUCCAAGGUCGAUCAGGACCGGGUCUUGAGCGUGACGAUUGGCACGACGCACUUCAUUAAUGCGCUGGUUGAGGCCGACGCACGAAGGCUGGACCGCGUUGCAGUGGUUCGGCUCUGUGGCCCCUUUACGCGGCAGAUCCCUCCCUUCUCGGACUUCCCUGUCGGCCUGCGCAGCAUUCUAGAUGGCGGCGCGUACUAUCUCGACGGGGGUCACGAAAUUGACGGGCGCGAGAUUGCGCCGCUCAACACGCAGCAGAUUAGCCAAACCGCCAAAGACAUCGUCGCCUCUGGCAUCCGGGCGGUUGCGCUGGUCGGCGUCUUCUCGCCGCUGGACCAUGAAGGAACGCACGAGGAGGAGUGCAAGCGGAUUCUGCUGCGGGAAGCGCCUGAGCUGCAAGUCGUGUGCUCGCAUGACAUUGGACCGACCGGGCUUCUGGAGAGGGAAAAUGCCACUAUUCUCAAUGCCGCCAUCCUCAGGACCGGCCACCGGGUGAAGAGGGGAUUCAAGCGAGCCAUGGCCCGCCUGAGACUCUCGUGUCCGCUGUAUCUGUCGCAGAACGAUGGCACUCUGAUUGAUGCCGACACGGCUGCUGAGUAUCCGAUCAAGACGUUUGCGAGUGGCCCGACCAACAGCAUGACGGGCGCUGCAUUUCUCGCGGGCAUCGACCACCAGAAACGAGCCGAUACGGAAUCGAAUCCAAGCGACGUAACUGAGCCGCAGAUCCUUGUCGUCGAUAUUGGAGGCACGACAACAGAUGUUUGUGCCUUGAUGCCGUCCGGUUUCCCUCGCCAGGCGCCGGGCUUUGUCGAGGUGGGAGGUGUCCGAACCGCAUUCUCCAUGCCUGAACUCCUCUCCAUCGGCCUCGGCGGUGGCAGCAAAGUCCAGGCCAACUCGACAGACGGUGCCGUCACUAUUGGACCGGGCUCUGUUGGACACUUUAUUCAGACGCAGGCCAAGGUCUUUGGUGGAGAGACUCUGACUGCGACCGACGUUGUUGUCGCGAUGGGUAGAAGCGAGCUUGGCAACCCCGAGCUGGUCAAGGAUGUCCCCCACGCGCUCGUGGAGAGCGCGAACAAGGAGAUUAAGAGAAUGCUAGAGAGUGUGAUUGAGCAGAUGAAGGUCUCGUCGGCACCAGUGCAUGUUCUCCUGGUCGGAGGCGGCGCCAUGCUUGUGACUGAAGAUCUCCAAGGCGUCGCCAAAUGUAUCCAUCCCAUCCACCAAGGCGCCGCCAACGCAGUCGGCGCCGCCAUUGCCAAGGUGUCUGGAGAGAUCGACAUCGUCGAGAUCCCCAAAGGACGCUCUGAAAAGACCGUCAUCGACGCUGCGUGCAAGAAGGCCGUUGACUUGGCUGUGCAGAAAGGCGCCGCGCGGGAGGAUGUCCAGAUCGUCGAGGUCAACAAGAUGCCGCUUCAGUACAUGCACAACGGCGCAAUUAGAAUCCAGAUCAGAGCUGUCGGCCGUCUUUCCAUUCCGUCCGAAUUGACUCCCCCGCCGUCUCCGCCUAUACAUGAGAUGGAGGAGGCGCAAGAUGAGGACGAAGGCCAGAAGACGAGUAUUCCCAAUGCUCUGGAGUCUACGACCAGGCCGUCCCUCAAAGUUGACCUCGAGACCUAUCGCCCGGAUGUGCGAGAUGGGGUUUGGUAUGUGUCUGAGGUAGACUUGGAGCUAUUCUCAACUGGAUGCGGCGUUCUCGGCACUGGCGGUGGUGGCCCAACGCAUCACGAGUACCUCAAGGGCUUGCAUGUCCUUCGUUCCAGUCCCAAGGGAAAAAUGAGAAUCAUCUCGCCAAAGGCGCUCAAAGAUACAGACAUGGUUUGCUUUGGCUCCUGGUACGGCAGCCCGAGUGUCAUCAACGAACGGAUUGCUGGAGGCAACGAGAUUGCCGUGGGCAUCGAGGCCGUAAACAAGGUCUGCGGCAUCGCGUCUUUUGAGGGCAUGUUUAUCGACGAGAUCGGCGGCGGAAAUGGAAUGAGCGCAUUCCCGACCGGCGUUCAUUUUGACGUGCCGGUGAUUGACGGCGACGCGAUGGGACGAGCAUAUCCGACCAUGUACCACGCUACGUUUAGCGUUUAUGGGCACUCCAUGGUUCCUUGCGUCCUCUCCGACGCCCGAGGAAACAGCUCUAUAGUCAUGAACACAGACUCUCCUUUGCGAUUAGAGAGUAUUUUACGAACUACAGCAGUCGAGCUGGGCCUUGGAUGUGCUGUAUCCGCGAACCCGCUGCCCGGAUCUGCAGUCAAGUCUCACGGUGUCCCCAACACGCUGUCGCUGGCGUGGUACUUGGGACGGGCAGUACACCUGGCACGACGCAAGAAGAUAAGCUAUGUUGAUGCAAUUUUCGACGUGUGUGCAGGAAAGCUUCUGUUUACCGGAAAAAUCGUCGAUGUGCGUCGAUUCGUCGACGGCGGAUACACAAUGGGCGCAGUCGUGAUAGCACCCCUCAACGACGACGACCGGGAGUCAGCCGGCACAAGCAAGCAACCUGUUCCAACCGACAGGCACAUGACGAUACCGUUCCAAAACGAAUACCUGUACGCCGCCCUCACCGACUCGGCCGGAACCGAGGAGACGCAAGAGGUGGUGUGCACAGUUCCAGACCUGAUCUCGAUCCUCGGCCAGGACGGAGAAGCGAUUGGGUCUCAAGAUCUCCGAUACGGGCUACGUGUCAACGUCAUUGCCCUGCCAGCUCAUCCGCUCUGGAAGACGGACAAGGGUAUGAAGAUCGGAGGGCCGGAGGGCUUCGGCUUGAAGAUGCCGUUUGUGGGUGUAGGCGAUAGUUUCACCGAGUCACCAAGCGUGAUCGAUGAGUUUGGAGUAUAGGUUUGUAUUAUUAGCGGGCAUUUAUGAGCGACAUAGAUUUGCAUAGAUAUACGAAUAAUUGCAUCUACUACCUCCA